AUAAAUAUUAAAAAAAAAUCAAAAUUAAAAAUACCAACAAACAUUUAGGAAAAUCUAAUUACAAAACGUAAUAGAAUAAUAUUAUAGAGCAAUUAUUUAAAUAGUAACAGUAUACAGAUGAGGAGAACUAGCAAAGAAAAAUAAGAGGUAGAUUUACUUAGCUGUUCCUACCUCAAAGUAUAACGUAAAAGUAGUGAUAUGCAACCAAACAUUUUAAGUAAUUAAAUAGAAAACCCUGUUUUGGAAAGUUGCAAUUCAACAGAAGACUAAUAAAGUUAAAAGCUCAAAGUAAAUAAAGAAGCAACAGCCAGCAACAGUGAUAAUUAUAAUUAGGAGAUUUAAAAAUAAAAAAAUGUGUUAGGAGUUAUUUUAUCUUCAAAUUCAGAUAUUUAGGGAGAACUAAAUUAAGAUUUUCUUGUUGAAACUCCCACUAAUUGUGACAGGCCUGUUGAUGAAAUAGAAAAAUAAUAUAAAAUGGAGUCUAAAAAGUAUUAUACUAUGAGCUGUGUCAAGAAGAAAAAUAAAUUUUAAAAGAAAAUCAAUAAAAACAAGGAAUGCAAUACUGAUGGUUAAAUUAAUAAUAAAAUUUUGGCUGAUCAAUUGUAGUUUAAAGGUUCUUAUUUAGAAAAUUACAAUAUUCAAUAAUUAAAAACAUCAUUUGAUUAAUAGUAAUCAUAAAUAAACAAAUCAUCUUUUGAAGAAUAAGAAGAAGAAGAGGAAGAUUAACAUGACUUCUCUUCUUCGUAUUGUACUUCGAAUAGCUCACAAGAUGCUCCUUAUGUCAGUGCGUUUAACAUUCAAUUCAGUCCUUAGAAGAAAAGGUUUUUAAAUCUAGAAAAUAGUGGCAAUAAAUACUUAGGAUAGUAUGAGAAUGAAUAGAGAGAUUCUUAUUUAGAAGAUAUUGAAAAAUAAAAAUAAGUAAAUUAUGAAAUGUUAAAUGAAGUUUACUAAUAAUUAGAAAAAGAAAUAGAAAUGGAGGAACAAUCUUAGUUCAAUCAGUAGUUGGAAAUGAAUGAGUUUGUUCAAUAAAUGAGAAAACAUUUUAGUAUGGAAAGAAAUAAAUAAAAUGGAAAUAAUGCCAGCAGCAGAUCAUCAUGCACUUCAAAUUACUCCCAAGCUUCUAGUGUACAUUAGAUAUGGGAUAACAGUCCUCUUAGAUAAAGAGGUAUCGACACUGAGUCAUGGGUGGACUUAAAAAGUUUAGAUGAAGGAUAGUUUAAAAAGUUUACACUUUUUCAUUUGUAUAAAGCUCGUUGUGCACAAUUCGAUGGAUAAACAAUAGCAAAUAGUGCUGUAGUAGAUAUCAUGAGAAGAUUUAUUCGCAACAAAAGAGUUUAAGAUAUUAGUGGCUAUCCAUGGUUUUCUUUUGAUGAUAAGUUUGAUUAUGUAAACAUCGAAGAAGAUUUAAAAAAAGAUCCUUUGUGCAAGGUAUUUUUAGAAUAUAGCAAACUCUAUAAAAACCAAAGAGAAAAAAAAGAUAAAGAAAUAAAUUUUUCACCAUAAUAAUAAAAAGCUAACUAAGAGUAAACUUAGCAAUAAAAUUUAAUGAAUAAGUAAUUUUAAGAAAGUGAUAUAAAAUCAUUUUAAAAUUAAAAUUCAAAUGAAAAAUCGAGCAUUUAGUAGCAAUAAUAAUAAUAGAGGAAGUAGCCUAAAACAGAAUUAAGAGACUCUUUAUUAAAUUCCUCAACUAAUAAAAAGUUAAAAUAAAUUUUCAUCACUGAAAUGAUCUAACCAAACGCCCCUCGCAAUUAAUACAAAGCUUUGAAGGAAAAAGAGCAAAAUUACUAAGCCUGUGAAAUACUUUAAACAGAGUAUUCUUAGAAUACUAAUAUGAAAGAUACAUGUGAUAAAGUAGAUUUAGAAAAUAUCUAAGCUAUAACAUAAACAUCAGAAGAAAAUACGAAUGAUAAAAAUAAUAUUAUUAUAAAUGGAUUUUAAGAUCAAAAUAUGCAAUAAAUUUUAUCUGAAAAUAAGAGUCCUUAAUUCGCUUAGAACUUUUACCCUAAUUUUACAAUGGAUGGAACUUUGAUAUCAAAUGUUGUCUUAAAUACUUAGUAAAAUAAUUAAAACUGUUCUUCUUUUAUAGGUGCCAUUUAUAACAACCUUAACAAAUGUGAAACAACUAAUUCAUAUAUAGCAGAGAAUAAUAUUUUGAAUCACUAGUAGUAAUUGAACUAAUCGUAACUUGAAUUGAGUCCCGAAUAAAACGAGUUAGACUACAUAUAGAGAAGGUAAAGAUAAAUUCUUGAAAAAAUAACAUCAACUCCUCUAAGGAUAAACUAGCAUUUAAAAUCAAGCAAAUUGGGUGUUAACGAAAACAAUUAGACCAUUAAAACAAUUAAAAAGAAUAACGAAAAUCUGAAAUAAAAUGGCUUAGAAUAAUUCUACAAUUUUAAUAAAAAAUAAAGUUUAUCAAACAAAAAAGAAAGAAACUUGAGCUCUUCAUCAUCAUUUAAAAAUAACAAAAAUAAACAAAUGAAAAAAAAAGAAGAACCAAGGGCAUAUAGUUAAAUGACACCAAUCAAAAAAAAUAAAAAUAAAGAAAAAAACACUCAAUAUGAUUAAAAUUCUACUAAAUCAUAGAAAAAGAAGCAGACAAUUUCUUCAUCUUUGAAUGGGCACUUAAUCAAAAAUGAAAGAACUUCACAUUCCAAAAUAAGCACCUAGUAAGAAAACUAUUAUGACCAUAAAAGCAAUAUUAGUAAGAAGCAAUAAAGUAAUAGCAGCAUGGCAAACGAUCUUUCCUUUUCUAAAAAUCACUACUUUACUCGUAAUUCGGCAGAUAGUAUUUCAAUUAGUAAGUAAAGAUCAGUUUCUUAAUAAUAAUCGAAUACAAAAAAUAAGAAUUUGUACGGAAAUAAACAACAUGAAAAUUUCAGAAAUAGCAAGACUCCAAACAAAAAAGACUUGGAAAGCUCAUACACUCUUGCUAAGAAAGAUUUUACGAGCUAUUUCAAGAAAGACUAUGCUAAAUAUUAUAGUAGACGUAGAUUUGUUAGCAGCUCAUGUGAAAAGAUGCUGAGAUUAAAUACUAAUUAAGCUUAGAAUUGCAGUACUGUAAAGAAGAAAUAAUAAAAUCAAUCUCCUUAAAUUAAAAUGUAGAAAUAGUAAUCAUGCUCAACAUAGAAAAUAUCAAAGCAAUAUAAUAUUUUGAAUUCAAUCCUACAGAAUUAAAAAAUUAAUGAAAAUGAGCGUUCUAAGCUACUUUCAAAUUAUUUUUCCAACCACCUUAGAUUAUCAGCAGAUGAUUCGCGCUAAAAAUUCGAAAAUUUCCCAAAAAAUAUAGUAACAUCAGAAUUCAACAUCGAUGGGUAUUUAAAUUAAAAUUUAGAUCAAGAAAUAAUAGACUCUAAUUUCACUUAAUAUAAACCUAACAAUAAUUUUUAAUCAUUUGGAUCAAAAAUAAAUUCAAGGGUUCAAUAAAACUACUCCUAAAGAAACUAAAACCUCUAGACUGAAAAAAGCUUUGAAAACUAAGAAAAUAUUUUAACAGAAAAAAACAGAACAUAAAAUGCUCAUGAAAGCAGAAAAAGCUAGCAUUAGUUAUCAUUUAUAAUUUAACAACUCAACAAAAACUAACAGCAGAUGCUGGAUUAAACUUUUUUGAACAAAUAGAAUGUAACAAAGGGUAGUACAAUGUAAUCAAAAGAUUAAUAUGAAUAAAUUUUGUAAAAAAGCAACAUUAAUAAUAACUGCUAUAGUAAUCAUCUAUCAGUAAACAGCAACAACCAAAAAAAUAAGCUAUUAGUUUAUAAAUCUUUAAAAAAUAAAUAGAUUUUGAAACCUUACUAACAAAAUUUAUAAUAUAUAUGA